AUGCAGGCUGGUAUUGCGGACUUCAGAGCGACCAUUGGAAAACUCCAAAUUUCAGAAUCUGAAGCCAGUCUGCGGUGGAUCUACUACCAUUCGAAGUUGCAGAAAGGUGAUGGUGUGAUUCUGGAAGCGAGCUCGGGACCCGAGCUCGCUCAGCAUAUCAAGGAUAUCGCCAAAGGGCCUUUGCCAGCUGAGACUAUGAAAGAACUUGACUUGCUUUGCAACAGACUGCAUGGUCGGUAG